ACAUAUAUAUGUAUAUGUUUGUACAUUAUGUAUCUAUGUACAUAUAUAUUGUGUGUGGUGUGUGUAUGUUUGUAUUAUGUCUAUGUAUUAUGUGUUUUUGCACUGGAUAUUGAAUUUAAAGAUCUUUAUAUAACAAGGAGAAGACAUGUAAAUCAUUGAGAGAAUUCUAAGAAAUAACAAAACAACAAAACGGUUUCACUUUCUAUUUAGGUUAACAGAAGGGGGCCCUAAUAUACCCCGAACCUAGACAGAGAAACCAACCCUCCAAAGCCGGCUUAUAUUUUUUUAUUUAUUGAUUUUAUAUGCCAUGUUAAACUUGUGGUUGGCCGUUUUGGAAAGCAUAAAUAGGCACUUGAAGCUAUUUGACGAAACUAUAAAAAUACACAUGCUUCAAAUUCCGGGCUUCAAAUGAUUGCAAUAUCACAUACCCUGUAAUACAAGAGCUUUGAACUGUCUUGAAUAGAACCAAUUUAUUUUUUAAUUUAAAUUGAAUCUUUAACCAAAAUUGUCUGAACCAAAACCCAAACCAAAUUUUUAGUUCCCUUGAAGAACUCUUGAGCGAGAAUUAACUUGGAAUUCAACCACGAAAGUUUUCUCAACUUCUGCUCUAUUUCAUGAACAUAUUGAGAAGAUAUAAAAAACCAAGGCUUAAACCAAAACCUGGUCACAAGAAUGUUCGAAAUCGACUUUAAAUUGAAGGAUUAAGGAUUUUGCCGUCCUCAAACCUUUUUUUAUCAUCAGUUCAGGCAGUUUUGACCAUACGAAAUCUGUAAAAGCCUUGUUUAGCUGAACUUGGCAACCGUGUUGGUUGUUUUUCUCUGCCGAGUUAACCGGAUCCGGCCACUGUUUAAUCAAUAAUUUAUGCACUAAUAUGCCGAACUGCAGGCGCCAGCGAAUAGUGCAAAUCAUUUUGCAUGAAAUGGCAAAGAAGGGCGGAGUUCAGCAGCUGCAGGCGGACAUCGGCAGCGACGAGGAGUUCGAAAAGUUCCUCCUGCGACCCGGUCUGCUGGUGCUGGACAUCUAUUCGGAAUGGUGUGGUCCGUGUGUGGGCAUGGUGGGCAGUCUACGGAAAAUUAAACUCGAGCUGGGUGGCGACAAUUUGCAGUUGGCGAUUUGCAAAGCUGGUUCGAUUUCGUAUCUGGAACGGUUUAAUAAGAAAAGUGAGCCCACCUGGAUGUUUGUAGCGGCAAGUACUCCCACCGAAAGUCUGUCCAAAGCUAACUUUACGUUUGUACAGAACGGCAAAGCCAUCAACAUUAUGUUUGGCACGGAUGUGCCCAAGCUGGUGGCCAUGAUCACCAGGGAGCUGGAGUCGACGUUGGCCAAGGAGCCGCAUCAGACCUACGAAAUCACCGAGCUGCAGCCCAUUGAACUGGAACACUUGCGUAUUAAGAACGAGGCGCUCGAACUGGCCGCAAAAAUUGAGCUCGAAGAGAGCAAAAGGAAGCGCAUCGAGUAUUUGAGAUUUGUGACAGAUAGCAUCAUGGAGAAUUUGCCGGAUAUUGGCAUUACGGUAUUUGGUCCACAGGUCAAUCGGGAUAUGUUCAAGAAGCUCUCCGAGCCGGCGGAUCCAUUGAAGAUUCAGUGCAAGGAUCGCAAAGUGUUUACCAUAACUGAAAACGAUUUCAACACUGUGAACUUUGCGGCCGAGAAUCCAUUACCCAAAGACGUUAUCCAACACUUGUACGACAAAGAGUUGUUAAUGUGCUUUUGGAAAGUGGACGAAACGAUCGGAACUCCGCCCAAUAUACUGCAGCUGUAUGCACAUGAGCUGACCAAAGAGACCAUAAAGCCACCCGACGAGUUCAACGAGGAGGAAACCAUUCUGCCGCCCCUGAUCACAGACCUGGAAAUAACGGUCCAGGUACGAAUUGAAGAUCAAAUCGAUGAGGAUAGUCCGGAAGCAGAUUCGGAACCUUCUGAAGACACGCUGCACUUUAAGGCCAUCAAAAUACCACCUAUCUGGGUGCCCAGCGAUCAGCGGACGCAUGCGGCCCUCAUCUAUACCUAUUUCAGGGCACAAACCGCCGCCUUUUUGCCGCCCGAUCCGGUGCCCGAAGCGCCGCAUAUCAUCAUGACAUUCGAUGCGUACAAAAAGAAGGAUCUGAUGAAUCUGGUGGACGCUUGCAAGGAGGAUGUGCCGCUCUAUGGCUUCUUUACCAGCGACAAUCCGCAGACGGCCGUCUUUAUAGCCAACUCGGUGGACAAAUACAAUGCCAAGCCAUAUGUGCCCACCGAUAAAAUUGUGCUGAAGGUUAACAAGGUGCCGGGUCCGACAAUACCGCUGCUCAUGGAAUAUGGCCCCAGCUAUGUGAGCCCCAACUCAGUUGUUGGCCACAAAGAGGCUGCCAAAUUUUUUCCGCCCAGCUACAAGUCCGCCCAGCAGGAAGAGGCCGAGCUGCACGCCGUUAAAGCCGAGAAGCCGAAGAAGCGCAAGAAGACGAAAAAAGGCGCCGAGGCCGAGCAGUUCGAACAGCCCAGCGCCAGCGCCCAGGAUACUCUGCAGGAGGCCUCCGAUGAGGCGUCCAAGAUCUCGCCCGAGGAGGGCACCUCCACGACCAGCAGCGGCGAGGACAGCUGCGAAAGUCGACCAGCGACUGCCGAUGGCAAUAAUCCAACCGCCGAUGGAUUGCAAUCGUAACCCACAGAAAUACACAAACUUAUGCCUAAACUAUGGCCUAUCCAAAUACCCACAUAUAUAUAUAUAUAUAUAUAUAUAUAUAUAUAUAUACACUUAUAUUUAAGUUUUGAUUAAUUUUGUGUAUGCAUUUAUAUUACUUAACCCAGUUGAAUAUCGGGCCUAACCUCACAUUCACUAUAUAUUGGAAUUUCAUGUAUUUUCAAUAUUUUAAAGAAUCUUUUUAAAAAGCAGCUUGUAAAAUUUUUUAAGGCUGGUUGUAAAUUAUAAGUGUGCACCUUUUUAAGUACAUCGAAAACGUUUUGUUAAGGAAAAUAAUUCCAUAAA